CACAUAUUUCAAAAGCUUUGCUCAGUUUCUGAUAUUUAUACACAAAAAAUGGAAUCAGUUUUGAAAAAUACACCCAUAUUGUCCAUCUACGACAUGAUGAUGGACCGCCAGCGGGCCGCGAUCCGAGAGAACCAAAAGAAGGCCAUGUACCGCGGAGCUCUUGGGUUGCGUAAGAUGAUGGAAGAGAAGGCUGCCGUGGCGGAGACAAAGAAGUUCCCAGGGAUGCCGAAAGUGGACAAGGGCAAGUUGGGUCCGAUGAAGGUCUCGUCGCCUUACUGUGAAACCCCCAGAUCGGGGAUCACGCUGCCGCCCAACACGAUCACCGCUUCCCAUUUGACCAAGAAGCAGCUGUCCGUCAAGGUGCAGCAGCCGGGCAAGAGAGAGGUGAUAACCCAACUAGUGGAGCGGAUGUCCCAGGGAAGCCCGCAAUCUUGUAUUUCGCCAAGGAUGGUCAAGAAGACCAGUUCCAAGUCGAAGCAGCAAGCCAGCUCCCGGCGCAAGAUUAAGAAGAAUAAAAGCAAUGUCAUGCCGGAAGGGGCCAAAAGGUUGCCGUUGUCUCCCCGGAAGGCGGAGAGACCUACAAAAGGCACUGGCUCGCCUCGGAAAAUUCUAAGGACUCCAAAGUCGUCACCCAAAAACACUCUUAAACAGGUUCUUGAAUCCAGUGUCCCAAAUGUCCAAGUUUUUUCACCACCCCCCACCGGUCGCUGGAGGAUUUAA